AUGGAGAGCGCUGAAGUCAAAACAAGCAAUGUCGAGCAGCAACUUGAGCAGCAGCAAUCCGAGCAGCGAUCAGAACAGCAAUCAGAGCAGCAGCAGCAGGAACAAGGAGACGUCGCAGAGGAGCCAGCUUCCGUAGCUGAACCGCCAACUACUACACCUAGUGGAGCUCCUAUGCCUACGACAACAGAUCCCACUAUGAUCGAGGCAUGGGAUCGCUGUUGGGCUAUAGUCAAAGCCACACCCUCUGAGUUUGAUACUUGGGAAGAGCUCAUGCGCCUUGCAGAUCGACAAGACGGUGGAUUUGGCCCAGAGGCACCUCCAGCCAACAUCAAAAAUAUCAGAACGAUUUACGAUGCUUUUUUGAGUCAAUUUCCGCUUUGCUUUGGCUAUUGGAAAAAAUAUUCAGACCUUGAGUUUUUAUCACGUGGAGUUGAAGGCGCCAUUGAGAUUUUUGAACGGGGUAUUACAAGCAUCUCCAAUUCUGUCGACCUUUGGGUUCAAUAUUGCUCGUUUGUUAUGGAGCAAAAGCCAGAUGAUACGGAUGCUAUUGAACGAUUAUUUGAACGUGGAGCGGAAGCCGUUGGGAUGGACUUUAUGCCUCAUGUGUUCUGGGACAAGUACAUAGCUUUUUAUGAGGAGAGGCAGGAAUAUACCAAAUUGCCUGCACUAAUGGAGCGUAUCAUCAGGAUUCCUAUGCACCAAUACGCUCGAUUUUAUCAGCAAUAUGUCCAGCUUUUAUCAUCGCGACCGCUGAAAGAGUUGAUUUCGGAAGAGUUAUACAAUAGAUAUAAAGCUCAGCUAACAAAUUCCAAAGUUAAUGCAGAAGGGGACCAAAAUCAUGAAGCAACAGCGACAGUAGAAGAGAAGUCACAGGAGCAGCUUGAGACGGAAAUACGUCAACUGAUUAUGGAAGAAAGCGCGAAAGUGCAUGCUAACACAGCCGAAGAGACGAACAAGAGAUGGCCAUUUGAGGCAGAGAUUAAACGUCCUUACUUCCAUGUUAAACCGAUGGAUAUGCCGCAGUUGGCAAACUGGCGUCGCUAUCUAGAUUUCGAGGAAGCUGAGGGCAAUGUAGAGCGUAUCCGUAUUCUUUAUGAGCGCUGCCUUGUCACCUGUGCAUUAUACGAGGAAUUCUGGCUGCGCUAUGGCACCUGGGCACGGUCUCAAAAUGACUUGGAGGCCCUUCAAACCAUUUAUUCAAGAGCGGCACUGAUGGUCCCUCCUUCUAAUCCAUCAGUCCGCCUCACAUUGGCGCUUGUUGAGGAGGAACGAGGUGAUACAGUAGCAGCGCGUCGACAAUAUCAAACUAUCCUAGAAAAUCUGCCUGGACACAUCGAAACCAUCGUUCGUUUUGCUAAUUUUGAAAGAAGAAUAUCACCUCAGGACCUUGCAGCAGCCGAGGUGGUCUAUGCAUCUCAAUUGGGGCUAGAAAAUGUGGACGAGGUUACUCAGAUGGCCAUAGUGACAUUGUACGCUAAAUUUCUAUGGCAGGUCAAAAAAGAUGUGGGCGCUGCACGGGCCAUUUUUAAGACUGGCGAAGGAAAAUUUGACAGUCGAUUUUAUUUUUCGACCUAUCUAAAGUUUGAGAUGGAUCAGCCUGGCGAUGACUACGAGAAACGUGUGUCAGCAGUUUUUGAACAAGCUCGGUACUCUGGUUUACCCGAGUCUAUUAAGAACGAUUUCGGGCAAAGUUAUCUCGACUUCGUUAUGGAAUUUGGAUCAUCGGCAGCAAGGUACAACCAAUUGGAGGCAGAUGUCAAAACACCUUCAGUAUUUGUGGUUGAGUCUAAGAAGCGUGCUGCUGCUGCUGAGCAGGCAGAUGAAGUGGAGAGAGCUAGGAAACAGGCCAAGCAGGAGGACGUUACAAUGGGUUCAUCAAGCUCGGAUGCACUUAAUCCUGGUGUCAUCAAUGGUGCAGUUACGACUAUUGUAUCAGUACCUCAGGAUCCAACAGUAGCUGCAGUAGCAGCUGCAGCCUAUGGCCAACAGCCACAAUGGAAUGCUCAGACAGGAGCAUAUGGCUAUCCAACACCGGGGUAUCCGUACGGAGCGGUGCCAGCUCAGGGUGGUACUCCAUGGGACUAUGGAUCUCAUGCGGGCGGGACGUAUUAG